GGUGAGUUUUCCGAUCUAUUACGAUUUGUAUAGUUGACCAUUAUGAAUCUUUCUCAUAUGAUGCGAUUACAGAAAUGUUAGGUCCUUUUGCUAUUACCCAUUUCCGAUCCAAAAUAUGGAUUCGCCAGCGAAAAAAAUCUUUACCUUCUCCAUCUAGCUUCAAUUUAGUAGAUUAGACGUUGAUUUGUACUGUACAUUUCCCGGAAGGAAUAAAAGUAUCUUGUGAAAAUUGAGACCGAGACAGGAAAACUGGGGAAAAUGAGUUUAGGUGUAGCGGAGGAGGAAUCGGGUAAGGAAAUCCAGUUGCCGGCGGAUGUAGACUGGCAAAUGCUGGACAAAUCUAAGUUUUUCUUCCUCGGCGCCGCCUUAUUUUCAGGUGUUUCAGCUGUGCUUUAUCCUGUUGUGGUGUUGAAGACUCGACAACAGGUAGCCCAAGCUCAUCUUUCCUGUUUUAGAACUGCCUUAUCCGUUGUUAGGCUUGAAGGAAUUCGUGGAUUGUAUCGGGGGUUUGGGACUUCGUUGAUGGGUACAAUUCCUGCUAGGGCACUUUAUAUGACUGCUCUUGAGGUUACCAAGAGUAGUGUUGGUACGGCCACGGUUAGGCUCGGCAUUCCUGAGCCAACUGCGACUGCGUUAGCCAGUGCUGCUGCUGGAUUGAGCGCAGCUGUGGCCGCACAAUUGGUUUGGACUCCGGUGGAUGUGGUCAGCCAGCGGCUCAUGGUGCAGCGUGUUUGUGCUGCACCAGCAUCCUGUAAAUAUCUCAAUGGGAUUGAUGCUUUUCGACGAAUCCUCAAGACAGAUGGACCUAAGGGACUCUACAGAGGUUUUGGGUUUUCAAUUUUGACAUAUGCCCCAUCCAAUGCACUGUGGUGGACAUCCUACACCAUCACUCAGCGGCUUGUCUGGAGUGGGUAUGGAUGUUACUUCAGCAAGAAUGGUGAUGACAGAAUUGAGGAUAACAUCAAAAGUACUCUGAAGCCUGAUUCGAAGACUGUUAUGAUGGUUCAGGGAGUGAGUGCAGCCAUGGCCGGAGGUGUUUCAGCGCUGAUUACAACACCAUUAGACACAAUCAAGACAAGAUUGCAGGUCCUGGAUGGCGAUGAGAAUGGACGGAGAGGGCCAACAGUAGCUCAGACGGUAAGAAAUUUAGUAAAGGAAGGUGGGUGGAUGGCUUGUUACAGAGGAUUAGGCCCUCGAUGGGCUUCAAUGUCCAUGUCUGCAACCACAAUGAUCACUACUUAUGAAUUCCUCAAACGCCUCUCCACAAAGAAUCAAGAAAAUUGGGCAUAGUCAUCCCCAUAGAUAGCUGUCACUCUUCUUAGAUUUAUGUUUCUCUCUUUGAUCCAUGUAUAAGUUUUCUUUUUGAAUGAUCCUUUUUUAGGAAUCAGUAUGCUGAGUUUAGACAUAAAAAAAACCUAAAUCAAGAACAAAAAGAAUGAUGAAUGUACAAAGUAUGAAUCUGUAUAUAUAGUCCACUUCACUAAA